AUGGCCAGCAUAAAGCCUUUGCCGGGGGCUGUACGCAGCUCACUGCGUUCUGGCAUUUUCUUGUUCGACUUCACGCGCGUCGUCGAGGAACUGGUUUUCAAUAGCCUCGAUGCUCGUGCCACAAAGGUAUCAGUGUUUGUUAGUAUUGGGAAAUGCUAUUUGAAAGUAGUAGAUAAUGGAAGUGGAAUUACGCGAGAUGGACUGGAGUUGGUGGGAGAAAGAUAUGGUAUGCAUUUCUUCGUUUUUGUUUCUUUGUUCGACGUGCCUACAUGCUCCAUUUUUUGGUGGCCGUUUCCUGAACGCAGCACUACCAAGAUAUGA